AUUAAAUAAAAGAAGCGCGCACAUCGGACGGCAUUGACCAAUCACAUCCCGCCGGUGCCUCCUAUAUAAACGAACCGCAUGUACCCCAAACCAGCACGAAAGCGAUCAGCGCCUCAGUAUUUCAAUUCUCUCUCACUGUUGAAUCCCCCCUCGAAGCAUGGCGCCGAAACCGGAGAAGAAGGCGGAGAAAUCCCCGGCGGCGGAGAAGAAUCCGUCGAAGGCCAGGAAGAAGCUCCCGAAGGAAUCAGUCGCCGCCGCUGCGUCCGCGGAGAAGAAGAAGAAGAAGGUGAAGAAGAGCAUCGAGACCUACAAGAUCUACAUCUUCAAGGUGCUGAAACAGGUCCAUCCGGACAUCGGGAUCUCCAGCAAGGCGAUGGUGAUCAUGAACAGCUUCAUCAACGACAUCUUCGAGAAGCUCGCCCAGGAGGCCUCCAGGCUCGCCCGAUACAAUAAGAAGCCGACGAUCACCUCCCGCGAGAUCCAGACGGCGGUGAGGCUCGUUCUCCCCGGUGAAUUGGCGAAACACGCUGUAUCGGAGGGGACGAAGGCGGUAACCAAGUUUACGAGCUCUUGAUCCUCUAUCAAUGGCGGCGAUUCCGUUUUUUUCUUAAAUUCGAUCUAGGGUUUCUGGUUUCAUUGGGAAUACGUUUACAUAUUUUGUCCCUUUAUUUCCCUUUUUGUUGGUUAUGAUCGAAGAAAUAUACAUUGAUUAUAUACGUUAAACAAUUCUUUUGCUGCAAGUUUGCAAUUCUUAUUUCUAUUGUUGAUUCGUUGAACAAAUUGUCUUGGAAAAUGUUCGAAUAAUACUCAGAUGAAAAAUGAAUCAAUAUUUGCUUAUGAU